AUGCCCACAAGCUUCCGCGGAGCCACGGAGCCGGGGCUCCAGCCCAGCCCAGCCCCUAUGCGCCAGGGCCGGGGCCGGUCCCGAGGGGCUGCGUGGGGCGGGGCCGCGUGCCGAGAGGCGGGGCUCCGGAUCGUCCCGAGGGGCCGGCGUGUUGGAGGCGUUUGCUGGGAAGAAACGAGUCCGUGCGUGCUCUGUCUCCCCGACGUCCAGGCGGUGUACACGUUUCCUGGUCAGGUGUGGCACCUGGAGGUCCUGGCCCUGCGCAGGGCGCUCUACGUCUUGUGCGCCCGGAGGGGCAUCUAUUGCUUGUCUUUGGACCAGACGAGGUCUCCGAGCCAGAAUGACGGGGACGAUGAGGGCAGUGAACCCCCUUCCCCCGUGAUCCCUGUGGACCCAGACGCCUGUGUCCUCCCUGAUACCACACUGCGCGCUUUCACUGUGCUGGACACCGUGCUCGUCACGCUGGCGCAAGGCCCCGCCCACUGGAAGGUGCAGCUGUUCAGGUGUCCCUGUCCAGGACAGGACCCCAGGCCCAGAGGCCAGAUCGGCGAGGUGGACUUGUCCACCUGUACCCCACUGGGGAUUCCUGGGGAGCCCAAAGCCUCUGUCUUUCUCCCGGUGCUGUGCUGUGUGUCACCACCAGGCUCCAGGGUCCCGCAUGGCCACCCUCGCAGAACCGGGGGCUUCACACUGGAGGGGAGCCUCUUUGGGCUACUCUUUGGAGCUGAUGCCGCCCUCCUGGAGUCGCCUGUGCUGCUGGUUGGGCUCCCCAGCGGCCAGCUCUCCUGCGUAGUCCUGAAGACCCUGGGCACCUCCGGGUUGGCCCCCAGUGACCCGAAGGCCACUGUCAAGAUCCUGCAUCACCUGGAGGAGCCUGUCAUCUUCAUCGGGGCCUUGAGGACAGAGCCGCUGGCCGAGGACAUGGAGGACAUGUACUCCGACUGCCUGGUGGCGCUUGGUCACCACGGCCGGACACUGGCCAUCAAGGCCAGGCGGGACGAGGCAGGGAGCCUGGAGCCAGUGCUGCGGGAGUACUGCCUGCCGGGCCCUGUGCUCUGCGCAGCAUGUGGCGGGGACGGCCGAGUGUACCACAGCACCCCCUCCAGCCUCUGUGUGCUGGACCUGGCUCAGGCAGGCGCCCCCUGGGACCCCGUGCAGCCCAGCGCUGGUCCAGGGAGCCUGCCCUCUAUGCCCUGUCCAGCCAGCCUGGGGGUCUGCAGUGUCCUCACUCUCUCUGUGUCGUCGGGGAUGCCUGAAGGUGGCACCAAGCUCCUGGCCCUGUCUGCCAAAGGCCGCCUGAUGACCUGCAGCCUGGACCUGAGCUCUGAGAUGCCUCGCCCCACCGCGGAGACAGCGGCGAACACUGGCCGGAAGGUGAAGGAGCUGCUCGGUGCCAUUGGCUCCAUCUCUGAGAGAGUGUCCUCUCUGAAGAAAGCGGUCGAGCAGCGGAACAGGGCCCUGACACGCCUCAACGAGGCCGUGCACGUGGGCUGCACCCUGCUGUCCAGCCAGAAGGGCCCUCGGCCCAUCUUCUGCAGCGCCACUGCCGCCUGGAGCCGCCGGGGGCUGCGGGAUGUGCUGGCCGCCUGCUGCCUGCUGGAGAACCGCAGCGCCUUCAGCCUGGGCCCAGGCUGGGCCUUGUGCGUGCAGUUGCUCCCCAGCUCCCCUGCCUCAGACCGGGACUCGGCUGGCUCAGCUGUGACCUACACCCUCCCUGUGGGCCAGCUCGGCCCCGGUGGUCGGCGGGAGGUGAUGCUGCCCCUGGGCCCCAGCGAGGAUGGCGUGCUCGACCUGCCCGUGACCGUGUCCUGCCUGCUCUUCUACAGCCUCGGGGAGGUCGUGGGUGGGGCCCCGGCCCCCUCAGGCUCUUUCAGGGAUCCCUCCUUGGAUGGGGGUUCCUCCGACAUCGCGCCCGAGCAGGAGGGCGUUUGCCUGCCCCUGGGCGAGCACACGGUGGACCUGCUGCAGGCGCUGCGCUUCCCCGGCCUGGCCACGCCCUGCACGCCCGGUCCCGGCCCUGGCCCUGGCCCCAGCCCCUGCGGCGACCCCGUGGACACCUUCCUAGCAGCUCAGUGCAAGCUGGGCAGCGAGCCAGCAGGACCCGCGUCCCUACGGGCCAAGUACUUGCCCCCGUUGGCGGCUGCCAUCCGGGUGUCAGCAGAGCUGCUCCGAGCUGCCUUGGGGGACAGUCACUCAGGCACGACCCUGUGCUGUGCCACUCUGCAGUGGCUCCUCGCCGAGAAUGCUAUCGUAGAUGUCGUGAGGGCUCGAGCGCUGUCUUCUGUCCAGGGAGUGGCCCCCGAUGGCGCCGACAUCCACCUCAUGGUGCACGAGGUGGCUGUGACUGACCUAUGCCCGGCGGGGCCCAUCUCAGCCGUGGAGAUCCAAGUGGAGAGCCCCUCUCUGGCCAGCACAUGUGGGGUCCACCAUGCUGUCAUCAGACGUGUACAGAGGAUGGUGACUGAGCAGGCUGCCCAGGGCUCCAGCCCACCUGACCUUCGCGUACAGUGUCUCCACCAGAUCCAGGCCAGCCACGAGACUCUGCUGCGGGAGGUGCAGACCCUGCGUGAUCAGCUGAGCACGGAGGACGAGGCCAGCUCCUGUGCCACCGCCGAGAGGCUUCUGCAGGUGUACAAGCAGCUUCGCAGCCCCGGCCUCCUCCUGCUGUGACACCAGCGGCCCACGGCCUCUGCGCUGGACCUGCCGCCGCCAGGCAGCCCCUCGCCCAAGCGUUACAGUCGGAUCCAUGGCGUCCGUUUCACUCAGAAGCCCUGCUCAGGACACCGUCCAGACCCCAGAGUGGGGACCAUGGGGAGACAGCUCAGGGCCAGGACUCGGGUGGGUUUGCACGUGGCUGUCACUGGCCCUGGACACAGCAGCCCCGCCGCCCCAUCCUGGGUGACUGGGCCUCUUCACACUGGGGGUCACCAGACGGGAGGUUGCUCCCCGUGAGCACGAAGCCUCGGGGGGUGCCCCUGGGGUGGCCUGUGGUUGGGGCUGCAGCGGCGCCGUGCUGUGCAUUUCCAGGGCCCCUGGGUGGGUGGCCCUGGCUUGGCGCUGCCGUCGGCAGGGUUUGGGGACGUGGCUCUUGUGGGCAUCACGUGCUCUCGGCGGGAGCUGUGAGGGCUCUGCUGCCACAACAACUGACCGUUCCUGUUGAGCUGCC